ACUCUCCCACACUUAGUGCUAUGGCCUCAAUACUUACUGGCAAUGGACUGUCUCCAACACUGUGUGGCUGGGCUAUGCACCUCUGCCUCCCGGCGGACAAAGAUUGGGCGGCUGGGCCACUUUGGUGAAGGACUCGUGGAAACAGAUGGACGAGCGGAUAGUUUGUAUGUCCCAGAUCGCUUGGUUCUGGCAGAACACGGUGAACCAGGACCUAGCAAUGGGAAGCUGGGUGCUUUGGCAAUGGCAAUUGGUUGUCGGCUUGCUGCAACUGAGGAGAGGAGGGACGUUUGUCUUGCAGUCUAUCAUGCCACAUGUGGCAUGCAUGCGGGGCCUUUGCUUGCAGAAGUUGCAGCAGACUUGAACAGCCCAGUACGCAAUGGUGUUGCAGCAAGAGCUGUGCCUACUGCAUUGGCAAAGCUUUCCCUGCGGCAAGCCAAUCAAGUACCACUUGAAGGAGUCGUAGCUGUUGUUGUGGCAGCUGGAGGAAAGCAGCUUUGUCCAAGCCUUUCUCUUGCAGAACGCGAAGUAAUGGCUUGGCACCUGAAACCCCAGGUCCCGGUCCAUUGCAUUUGGAUGUCAGACACUGGCUCUGGAAGUCGCUUGAGGAUGUGGUCCUCCACAGUGGCUGCGCUGUACCCAUUACCACGGCCAAGGCCAUUGGUCCAGCUGGAACUGGAUCAUCACAGGAAUCUGUACAAUGCUGUCCUGAAGGCUGCAGAAGCUGCAGCUGUCUCUGAUGGCAACAAUCAAGUGGCCUUGGGAGUGUUGUUCCAGUGCGGACAGAUUCGGACAUCGAGCAAGGAUGUCCCGGUGUGCCAUCCCCUUUGGGGCGAUUGCAGGGGACUAAGCUGA